AUGUUGAAGUGGAUGCAAUCAGGAUUGUCCGUGGUGGCCGGCACCGCCGAGCCCGAGUACGGCCGCGAGGCCAUCCACCCAGUCACCGACUUCAUCAAGCAGCAGGGCCAGGCCGUUUCCCGGGCCACGGUUCUCGAGGACUUUGCCUGGAAACACCCCAACUACACCAACGUCGAGACCCAGACGUUCUACUUCACGGACUUGCAGUCCGGCUACAUCGGGCUUGCGCAGGUGAUCCACUCCAACCUCAUGGGCAUCAAAACGACGGCGCAGUUCACGUUCCGGUUGUACAACAGCAAGCUUGGCGCGGCGGACCCCAACUGCGUGUGGACGUCCACGGCGCUCGAGAACUUCCGCACGGACGGCGCCAACUUCUACGCGGACAACUUGUCCAUCGAGAACUCGGGCGCCAACAACGACACGUACACGUUGAAGCUGGCCGUGACCGAGGACUCGGUGGUGGACUUGGUGGUCACGCGCAUCGUGCCAGGCGUCGUGUUUGGUGCGGACGGCACCACGUUCUACGGCGACAGCUUGGACGAGCCCUGGGGCUCCAUGAGACACGCGUUCUGGCCCCGCUGCGCGGUCACGGGCAUCAUCAAGUUGAAGGCCGCCACCGUGGAGAUCAGCGGCUACACCAUGUUCGUCAUGGCGUUGCAGGGCAUGAAGCCGCACCACGCCGCCAAGUCGUGGAACUUCUUGAACUUCCAGUCCGAGCACUACAGCGCCGUGCAGAUGGAGUUCACCACGCCCAAGUCCUACGCCACCACCAAGGUCAACGUGGCCAUCUUGACCUCGGACACGGAGAUCCUCGCCACCUCCAUCGACAACGAUGUGGUGCACGAAAACGCCGAGGUGGACGAGGUGGGGUGGAGCGUGCCCAAGAGCAUCACCUUCAACUUCUCCGAGGGCACGUCCGCGGCCCCCGUGGCAACGGUUUCCGGCGCCUUGAGCCAGCUCGUGGAGCGCGUGGACGUCAUGGCGGAAAUCCCGCAGUUUGUCAAGAACAUCGUCAGCGGCGUGGCCGGCGCCAAGCCCUACAUCUACCAGUUCUGCAACACCUUGACCAUCAAGCACGGCGACGACUCCGAGGACGGAGUGGCCUUCAACGAGGCCACGUUCAUCUCCGAGUAA